GGUAUGAUCUUGGCGGGAUUUGGUUUAAGUAAUUUGCCUGUGGUUAGUUUGGUCGGGCAUAACUUGUCUCCCGUUUGGUCCGGAGCGUUGAGGAGAAUAGCGUUGACAGUGAUCCUAAUCCGUGCAGGACUGGGACUCGAUCCGGUGGCCCUCAGAAAGUUAUCUAGAACAGUUAUCAAGUUGGCCUUCUUACCAUGUAUCUCUGAAAGUGUGACAUGCGCAGUUACUUCUCAUUUUCUGAUUGGUCUUCCAUGGGAUUGGGCAUUUAUGUUAGGAUUUGUUUUGUCUGCUAUUUCUCCCGCUGUUGUUGUACCCUCCCUCCUAAAUCUCGCAGAGAGAGGAUUCGGAGUGGACAAGGGCAUCCCAACCCUAGUUAUUGCUGCUGCCAGCAUUGAUGACGUCGUUUGCAUCUCAGGGUUUGGAAUCGCUCUUGGAAUUGCAUUUUCUACAGGUAACCUGGCGUUGACGAUAGCAAGAGGACCAUUGGAAGCACUGCUGGGCGUGGCAUAUGGGGUCAUUUUAGGGAUCUUUUUAUGGAUUAUUCCAGCAAAAGAUAGCCCCAAUAUUGUUUUCUUUCGUGUCAUCUUGCUAUUUACUGGAGGGCUGUUGGCGAUCUUCGGUAGUACAUAUGCAGACUUGUCCGGAGGUGGACCCUUGGGCUGUCUUGUCUUAGCUUUUAUUUGUGGAAUUAGGUGGAGGAAAGAAAGUACAACCGAACAGUAUGCCGCCAUUACGGACGCCGUGGGACUGAUGUGGAUGAUCUUCCAGCCUCUACUAUUUGGAUUAAUUGGCGCCGCGGUCAGAGUAGAACAAAUACAGAAUCUUAAGAUCGUUGGACUUGGAGUGGCAGUUCUUUUCAUGGGUUUAACGAUAAGAUGUUUAGUAACAUUUGUAGCUGUCUUCAGAUCUGGCUUGAACUUCAAAGAGCAAUUGUUUGUAUCACUGGCAUGGAUUCCCAAAGCCACUGUGCAGGCAGCAAUAGGUGGUUUGGCACUUGAUCAGGCCACACAUGAUCAGAAUGAGACCCUAAAACCUCUUGGAGUAAUUGUUCUGACUAUAGCAGUAUUAUCCAUCAUUAUCACGGCCCCUAUUGGGGCUUUGGCUAUAGCAGUGUCGGGACCAAGGUGUCUGAAGCUCGACAGUCAAUAUGGUAGCCAGGCUAAAUGUACGUCACAUAACGAAGAAAUGGCAGAUAAUACUCAGGUGAAAAAUGGCGUCCUUUGUAAUGGGGAAGUGAGGGAAAAAGUAGACGAUGAUGAAAAUGUUGACAUUGUGACACAUAUUUAG